ACGUUUGAUGGCGAAGAACAGCACGUCAUGAUCCACUAUUGAGUGAAGGAUGCGAAUCUUCGGAAGGUAUGACCGCCAAAGACCCGACAGCGCCCAAUUCGGCCCAGAAUGCAUCCAAUAAGUGUCGCUGGAUUCUUUCUCGGUCCAUCGAGUGUAGCUAGAACGCGUCGUCUGCGACGCCCGAUAGCUUGGGGCCUGGGUCGCAACUCAUCGCCAGGUCUCAGAGGGAUCUCUGCAUCGAUGUCGAGGGUAGGCGUGGAUCGGUGUGAAGCUCAGGAAUACCAAGAUCGGUGCUUGCUGGUCACCCAGAGCAAUGCUGCCGAACGGAGCAGUCAGGAUUCCCUCCGUUCGGAACCUCGUAAAGUUACUGCCGACCAAGCAGCUGAAAUGUCCCUCUUCGGGGUCCGGGAGGGCUCUUCGACCCAACGGAAGGGAAUCAGCCAGGGAGGGAAAUGAACCAUGCGUGUUCGAGCACUUCCUAUGCGCUAUCCAGGUAGGCACACACGUGGAGCUCGGAGGGGAUUUUGAGUAAUGGUGCUACAAUCUCUUAAGAUCAUCC